AGCUACCAGAGCGGCUCCCGCCAUGGCCGAAGAAGAGGAUAUCGUCCGGACGGAGAAAGUUAUCCGGGUCCAGAGGGUGUUUAUAAACCUGCUGGACUCCUACAGCAGCGGAAACAUUGGGAAGUUUCUAUCGAACUGUGUGGUCGGGGCUUCCCUUGAAGAAAUGACGGAAGAAGAAGAAGAGGAUGAUGAGAGCAAGUCAGCUAUACCAGAUGCCUCCUCAUCCAAACUGAAGGAGGGCACGUUCCAGAUCGUGGGCACGCUUUCCACACCCGGAAAACCCUCGCCCGACUUUGCCCUGGAGACGUACUCCGACAUUUCUCGAGAAGAACUUCUCAUGCGCCUGCUGGAGUGCGAUGUCAUUAUUUACAACAUCACUGAGAGCCCGAAGCAAGCGGAGGAAGCCCUCUGGGCAGUGUCCGCACUGAAUGAGGAAGUCAGCCACUUUGAGAAGCGAAAGGUGUUUAUUUUAGUUUCCACGGUGAUGACCUGGGCCCGAUCCAAACCCCUGGACCCCGAAGAUUCUGAGGUUCCGUUUACUGAAGAGGAUUAUCGAAGGAGAAAGCACCAUCCCAAUUUCCUGGACCACAUAAAUGCUGAAAAAAUGGUUCUCAAAUUUGGAAAAAAUGUCAAAAAAUUCGCGACUUACGUAGUUGCUACCGGACUUCAGUAUGGAGUGGAAGGAGGCAUCUUACAUUUCUUUUUCAAGUUGGCUUGGUUGGGCGAGGUCCCCGCAUUGCCUGUUUUUGGAGAUGGAACCAAUGUAAUUCCGGCAAUUCACGUGCUUGAUCUCGCAGGGGUGAUCCAGAACGUGAUAGACCAUGUGCCGAAGGUCCACUACUUGGUGGCUGUGGACGACUCCUUCCAGACCCUGGAGGACUUGGUCAAGUGCAUCAGUAGGAACACCGGCCCUGGGAAGAUCCAGAAAGUGCUCAAAGAAAACGCUUUCCUAUCCAAGGACCUAACACAAGACAGCAUCGACCACCUGCUGCUCAACCUGCGCAUGGAGGCGCUCUACGUGAAGGAGAACUUCAACAUCCGCUGGGUGUCCCAGACCGGCUUCGUGGAGAACAUCGGCAACAUCCUCAGAGAGUACAAGCAAAGCCGCGGGCUGCUGCCCAUCAAGGUUUGCAUCCUCGGCCCGCCCGCCGUGGGCAAGUCCAGCGUCGCGGAGGUGCUGGCCAAGUACUACAAGAUCCACCACAUCAAGCUGAAGGACGUCAUUUCCGAGGCCAUAGCAAAGCUGGAGGCCAUCGUGGCCCCCAAGUUCGGAGGGGAAGGAGGGGAGGAAGAUGAGGAGGAGGAGGAGGAAGAGGAGAACGUGGACGACGCGCAGGAGCUGCUGGACGGCGUCAAGGAGAGCAUGGAGCAGAACGCAGGCCGACUGGAAGACCAAUAUGUAAUUCGGUUUGUGAAAGAAAAGCUGAGAUCUAUGCCUUGCAGGAACCAAGGUUACAUUUUGGACGGAUUCCCCAAGACCUACGACCAAGCCAAAGACCUGUUCAACAAAGACGAGGAGGAGGAGGAGGAAGAAAUCAGAGGCAAAAUGUUUCCCUUUGAUAAACUGACCAUACCUGAGUUCGUCUGCGUGCUGGACGGCUCGGACGAGUUCCUGAAGCUGCGGGUGAUGAACCUGCCCGAGAGCGUGGUGGUGGGCACCCACUACAGCCAGGACCAGUUCCUCCGGUCGCUGAGCAACUUCCGCGAGCUCAACACCGAGGACGAGACGGUCUUCAACUACUUCGAUGAACUCGAGAUCCACCCCAUCCACAUUGAUGUAGGGAAGAUUGAAGACCCUCACAACAGACUCACUAUCAAACGGCUCAUCAAGGAGAUUGGGGAGCCUCGGAAUUAUGGUUUAACGGAUGAGGAAAAGGCCGAAGAGGAGCGCAAGGUUGCCGAGGAGCGCAUGGCCAGGGAGGCGAUGGUGGAAGCGGAGCGGGAGCACAAGGAAGCCGUGGAGAUGGCCGAGAAGAUUGCUCGCUGGGAGGAGUGGAAUAGACGGCUAGAAGAAGUGAAAAGGGAAGAAACCGAAUUACUCGAGGCUCAGUCUGCUCCCCUGAGAAACUACUUAAUGACUUACGUUAUGCCAACGCUCAUGCAGGGUCUGAACGAGUGUUGCAAGGUCAGACCAGAGGAUCCUGUGGAUUUUCUGGCAGAGUACCUCUUCAAGCACAAUCCCGCAACACUGUGACGUGGAGGACCUCGAGCCACAGCCCUGCGCAGAGCUGGAGAGGACUCUGACAUUGUCAUGGACAUUGCAAUUCGAAAAAUUGUUUUAAAAUAUGCUUUCCCAGCUUUUGGAAAAUUCUCCCCCUCCCCCUGCCCUGCAAGCAAAUAUUUUAUUAAGUAAAAUCAUUAGGAAAUGCUACAUGGCAAUGAGCGGCGACUUCAUUAAAAUGAUAUGUGAAAGGUGCAUUUGGUAAGGUAUCUGUGCAGAGCUCACGGGACACACAGCGAUCUGAGAGUUCAGGCUUAGUCUCCGCAGUCUGCACACUAAUGUUGGCAGUGAUCGAUAGUGUGGGGAGCGUCAGACCAUCUACUCUUUGAACAUGUAGACUAAUGGGUUUACACAAUGUGCUGGGGCCCAAGUGCCUGUGGCGCUGGACACGGAAAGAAGUGAGGACGUGGAUGCUUUGUGAGUCCCAGGGAGCCAGAGGGGCCGGGCUUCCGCAAGGCUGCGGUCUGAGUUCAGGGUCAGGGCCCCAGCCAGUGAGUCCGAGAGCCCUAGGAACCUCUGGGCAGAAACACUCAUGUAACAGAACGAAUAAUUCUAGUAUCUGUGGUCACCAGAAAACAGGCAAAUAUUUUUAACAAACUGACUGUACAACACAGGCAUGAGCAAUCACCCUCUGGGCUCCUCCUGUCCUA